CUUGGCGAUCUCCUCCUCUCUAUUCUGAGGAAAAUUUCCUCUCUCGAUCAAUCAAUCGAGCAGUGUUUGUGUCGAGUAGCGGCAAUGGGUGGACAAUCCUCAGACAGAAGCGAUCAUCGCGGCAAUGAUAUCGAGCUCCUCACUCUCAAGAACGCGCAGCUCUUCCUGGUGGAUCAGGAGGAGAGCGUCGCGAUGCAGCGCGGCGAUUUCAAGCUGGUCCUCACCAAGCAGCUGCAUUCGCCGCUGGCGGCGGUGGUGGCGACCGUCAAGGAUGUGGAGUGGCCCGUUGGAAAGGACUGCCCGGUUCUCAAGCUCGGCCGGGGAUGCUAUAGCUUUUGCCUGCCCGGAUUCUCUUACGGCCUCCUCCUCGAUCGCGCCACGCCCGACGCAUCGGCUUCGUCUUCGUCCUCGUCUUCUUCGGACGAUUUCUCCGGUGCCAUCGACCAGCUGGAGCUUUUCCUCGAGAAGUACUGCACGUACGAGGAUCGCUCCAAGGAAGUGGGAGCCAGGUUCCACUGGGAUCAACGCGACGAGGGCGCUGCAGUGGAUUUCUGGAACCACGCCGCAGGUAAAGUCGAGAUGAUUUGCUCCGGGCUCCCAACCGCCUGGGCGGAAAGAAACUCUAGAUCGGUUCCAUUGCGUCACGGAACUGGAGCUGGCGCUGGCACUAUCGCUGGCGAGCAGCAAAAGAUCCAGCAAGCCUUCACAAGUUCCGGGUCUCACAAGCCUUUGUCUCUCAGCCCCCGGAUGAUGAAGAGAGUCCAGCAGGCGCGACGCCUGUCCGCCAUCGCCAAGCUCUUCUCGCGAGCGCUCCUCAAGGGAGCAAUCAACAACCGCAAGCACGUCACCGCCGCCACCGCGACGGGCAAGGGAGCCUCGGACGAGGCGGUUGCCAGCGUCGAUACCUUCGCCAAAGUCGUGGAAGCCAUCGAGUGCACCGCUCCAAAACCCCCGGCAAAGUUGGUCCAGGGAUCCAACAAGCUCGCGGAUAAUCGCGAGCAGCACCAGUUCAUCCAGCAAACUUCCUGGACUCUAAACAACUUCGGCCUCCAGCUUCUCAUCGGCGCCGUGGCCGCGUCCACGGCUAUAAACCUGUCAUCGUCGUCCUCCAGGCCUUCUUCCUCAUCGACGUCGUCGACGUUUUCUCUUCCGGAAAGGCCUCCACUUCCGCUCUCAAGUCCCUUUCUCCAACCGGCUAGCCGACAUGGUUUCCGUCCUGUUCUUCCGCAACAGUCCCACCAAGGCGAUCAUCACUGACGGAACUCCUCUAAUCCUCAAAUAUUUGACUGACUCUUAGAUCGUGGAAUUGUAUAUCAUCAUAGCUCACUUGUCCUCCUUAAAUCCCAGUUCACUGUUCAUCCAA